AAAAAAGACAUUAUCGUUAUUGAAACAAAUAUAAAUGGGAAACAGUGAAACUUGAAUCUAUUGGAGAAAUUAUUAUAGUACUGUGGCAUAAUGACAGCAAGCAAAGGUCCAAUUUUUGGAGCACGCCAUCUUCAAACACUUUUACUACAUCUGGCGAUUGGAGUUAGUUUUGUUUCAAGAGUUAACAUUGCAAUUACGUUGGUUGCAAUGACCGAUGCCCAAACAACAAAUCCAAACUUUCAUGAAUUCGAUUGGAAUGAAAAACAAAAAUCAUACAUUCUCAGCAGCUUCUUUUGGGGCUGCACUAUAUCACAAAUUCCUGGAGGAUAUGCAGCUAAAAGAUUUGGCGUAAAAGCAUCUUUAUUAAUUGGUAUAUUCAUUAGUGCAAUUUUAGGUCUAUCGAUACCGUUUUGUGUAUUUUGGGGAGGUUGGAAAAUAUUUUGCUUCAUACGAUUUCUUCAAGGUUUAUGUGAGGGUAUACUUUUCCCCUGUGUUUUCCAGCAUCUAGCAAAGUGGUCACCGGUGGAAGAACGAAAUCGCCUUGGUGCGCUCAGUUUUAUGGGUAUUGAAAGCGGUAUGAUAGUGGCCAUGUACGUAACUGGUUUUAUUGCCGCAUCGGAUUUGGGAUGGCCAGGAAUAUCGAAGGUUUUCAGUGGAGUUGGAAUAAUCUUUAGUUUGUUUUGGCUGAUAUUUGCUGAAAAUACUCCAGCUGAUGCAAAGUUAAUAACUGCUGCAGAAAGAAAAUACAUUCUUUCAUCUCAAGCAAAUGCUGAAAAUACUCAAGACAAGAAAAAGAGUAUAAGAGUUCCAUGGAAGGCUAUACUAACAUCUGGUCCGUUAAUAUCACUUCUAAUAGUACGAUUAACUGACAACUGUGGCCUUGCAACGAUGGAGGCUAAUAUUCCAGCUUAUCUUCAUGGAGCUUUGAAAAUGGAAAUCACUGACAAUGCGUUCUAUUCAGCAUUACCAUUUGUUGCCACGUUUGUGUUGUCAGUUAUUUUCAUGUUUUCAGCAGACAUAAUAAUGAAAAACAAAUGGCUUUCAUUGUUGAUGCUACGAAAGGUUUUUAACACAAUUGGUAUGUGGGCUCCAGCAGCAUUUUUGGUUGGCAUUGGAUUUCUAAGUGAAAGUCAAACAGCCUUAGCCAUAACCUUUUUAACUUUGAACGUGGGAUUGUGUAGUGGUGUUGUUAUUGGGAGUUGUAUGAAUAUAAUCGAUCUAUCGCCAAAUCAUAGUGGAAUUAUAAUGGGCUUUGUUAAUACUUUGACGAGCAUUUUUCGAGCUUUGGCUUUGAUUGUUGUGGGACUAGUUGUUAGUGAUGAGACCGAUCGAAUGCAAUGGCAAAUUGUGUUUCUAAUAACAGCUGGAUUAUAUUUCUUUGGGAACUUGCAGUUUUUGUUUUUUGCACAAACUGAUGUACAACCAUGGGAUAGUGAAGAUUUUAUGACAAAACGUGAUAAUGAACGAGGAGGAGAAGUAAAAGAAACACCUUCGAAGAAUAACUGUUCUUAAAAAUGGGAAAAUUGUUCGAUCAAAGGAAUGGUUUUCAUAGAAGCUAAACAUACAAGUUAGGAAAGUCAUUGUUAAAAUGUAUUAUCCUUUUUUUUAU